CCUGGGAGAGGGAGGAGCACAUCUUGAUGCAGAGAUGCUGCAGUGGCUCCGGGCGCGCACACACACCAGCGCCCUCGCCCGCCACCGCCGCCAGGGCUGCCGCCACCGCGCCAGGACAGCAGCCAGCGGCUGAGGGAGCAGGGGAGGAGAGGCGGCCGGCCCAGGGGGCUGGUGGCCGGGCUGGCUCUGACUCAUCGCCUCGGUCAGCGUCCACCUGCCCCAGCCAACACCCCUCUUUCACCCCAGGUCCUGCUCAGCCUCCUGCCGCACUUUCCUCUCCUCUCCUCCACCUGGGCCUGGACAGCGCCAUGGGGACUCUCUCCAGGAGGAAGUCGCAGCUGCUGCUGCUGCUGCUGGCUGUGGCCCUCGUCGCCUCUCCAGCCGGGAGCUCGGCCCGGGGAUCCCCGGCCACCUUUGGCCCUGUCUUUGAAGACCAGCCGCUCAGUCUGCUAUUCCCAGAGGAGUCCACGGAGGAGAAGGUGACCCUGGCAUGCCGUGCCCGCGCCAGCCCUCCGGCCACCUACAGGUGGAAGAUGAACGGCACCGAGAUGAAGCUGGAGCCAGGCUCCCGCCAGCAGCUGGUGGGAGGCAACCUGGUCAUCAUGAGCCCCACCAAGGCCCAGGACGCUGGCGUCUACCAGUGCCUGGCCUCCAACCCCGUGGGCACCGUGGUCAGCAGGGAGGCCGUCCUGCGCUUCGGCUUCCUGCAGGAAUUCUCCAAGGAGGAGCGGGACCCCGUGAAAGCCCAUGCGGGCUGGGGAGUGAUGCUGCCCUGUAACCCCCCUGCCCACUAUCCAGGCCUGUCCUACCGCUGGCUCCUCAAUGAGUUCCCCAACUUCAUCCCGACGGACGGGAGGCACUUCGUGUCCCAGACCACAGGGAACCUGUACAUCGCCCGGACCAACGCCUCGGACCUGGGCAACUACUCCUGCCUGGCCACCAGCCACAUGGACUUCUCCACCAAGAGCGUCUUCAGCAAGUUUGCUCAGCUCAACCUGGCCGCUGAAGAUCCCAGGCUCUUCGCGCCCAGCAUUAAGGCCCGGUUCCCAGCGGAGACAUACGCGCUGCUGGGACAGCAGGUCACCCUGGAGUGCUUUGCCUUCGGGAACCCUGUCCCCAGGAUCAAGUGGCGCAAAGUGGAUGGCUCCUUGUCCCCCCAGUGGGCCACCGCUGAGCCCACCCUGCAGAUCCCCAGCGUCAGCUUCGAGGACGAGGGCACUUACGAGUGUGAGGCGGAGAACUCCAAGGGCCGAGACAGCGUCCAGGGCCGCAUCAUCGUGCAGGCCCAGCCCGAGUGGCUGAAGGUGAUCUCGGAUAUGGAAGCUGACAUCGGGUCCAGCUUGCGUUGGGGCUGCGCAGCCGCCGGCAAGCCCCGACCCACGGUGCGCUGGCUGAGGAAUGGGGAGCCUCUGGCCUCCCAGACCCGGGUAGAGGUGCUGGCCGGGGACCUGCGGUUCUCCAAGCUGAGCCUGGACGACUCAGGCAUGUACCAGUGUGUGGCAGAGAACAAGCAUGGCACCAUCUACGCCAGCGCUGAGCUGGCCGUGCAAGCACUGGCCCCCGACUUCAGGCUGAAUCCGGUACGGCGCCUGAUCCCUGCAGCCCGCGGGGGAGAGGUCAUGAUCCCCUGCCAGCCCCGGGCAGCCCCGAAGGCCGUGGUGCUCUGGAGCAAAGGCACCGAGAUCUUGGUCAACAGCAGCAGAGUGACAGUCACUCCGGAUGGCACCUUGAUCAUAAGAAACAUCAGUCGGUCAGAUGAAGGCAAAUACACCUGCUUCGCUGAGAAUUUCAUGGGCAAAGCCAACAGCACGGGCAUCCUGUCUGUGCGAGAUGCGACCAAGAUCACCCUAGCCCCCUCCAGUGCCGACAUCAACUUGGGCGACAACCUGACCCUGCAGUGCCACGCCUCCCACGACCCCACCAUGGAGCUCACUUUCAUCUGGGCUUUGGACGACUUCCCCAUCGACCCCGACAAGCCUGGGGGUCACUACCGGAGGGCCAGUGCGAAGGAGACAGUUGGAGACCUGACCAUCCUGAACGCCCAGCUGCGCCACGGUGGGAAGUACACCUGCAUGGCCCAGACGGUGGUGGACAGUGCAUCCAAGGAGGCCACAGUCCUGGUCCGAGGUCCCCCGGGCCCCCCAGGAGGCAUGGUGGUAAGGGACAUCGGCGACACCACUGUCCAGCUCAGCUGGAGCCGUGGCUUCGACAACCACAGCCCCAUUGCCAAGUAUACCCUGCAAGCUCGCACUCCGCCUGCAGGGAAGUGGAAGCAAGUUCGGACCAAUCCCGCCAACAUCGAGGGCAACGCGGAGACCGCCCAGGUGCUGGGCCUCACACCCUGGAUGGACUAUGAGUUCCGGGUCAUAGCCAGCAACAUCCUGGGCACUGGGGAGCCCAGUGGGCCCUCCAGCAAAAUCCGGACCAAGGAAGCAGCCCCCUUCGUGGCACCCUCCGGGCUCAGCGGAGGCGGGGGAGCCCCUGGCGAGCUCAUUGUCAACUGGACGCCCAUGUCACGCGAGUACCAGAACGGAGACGGCUUCGGCUACCUGCUGUCCUUCCGCAGGCAGGGCAGCGCCGGCUGGCAGAGCGCGCGGGUGCCCGGCGCCGACGCCCAGUUCUUCGUCUACAGCAACGAGAGCAUCCGGCCCUACACGCCCUUCGAGGUCAAGAUCCGCAGCUACAACCGCCGUGGGGACGGGCCGGAGAGCCUCACUGCCCUCGUGUACUCGGCGGAGGAAGAGCCCAGGGUGGCCCCGACCAAGGUCUGGGCCAAGGGGGUCUCCUCCUCAGAGAUGAACGUGACCUGGGAAGCGGUGCCGCAGGACACGAACGGGGUCCUCCUGGGCUACGAGAUCCGCUACUGGAAAGCUGGGGACAAAGAAGCAGCCGCUGACCGUGUGAGGACGGCAGGGCUGGACAACACUGCCCGAGUUACUGACCUGCACCCCAACACCAAGUACCAUGUGACCGUUCGGGCCUACAACCGGGCGGGUACUGGGCCUGCCAGCCCGUCUGCCAAUGCCACAACCAUGAAGCCCCCUCCUCGGCGACCUCCCGGCAACAUCUCCUGGACGUUCUCGAGCUCCAGUCUGAGUAUUAAGUGGGACCCUGUGGUGCCUCUUCGCAAUGAGUCUGCGGUCACGGGCUAUAAGAUGCUGUACCAGAAUGACAUACACCCGACGCCCACGCUCCACCUCACCAGCAAGAACUGGAUAGAGGUUGCCGUCCCUGAAGACAUCGGCUAUGCCCUGGUGCAGAUUCGGACCACGGGGCCUGGAGGCGACGGAACCCCGGCAGAAGUCCACAUCGUGAGGAACGGAGACACAAGCAUGAUGGUGGAGAACUCAGCAGUCUGCCCGGCCCUGCGCCCCAGCACCAUCCUCUCCCACUCCAUGGCCAUGCUGGUCCUCAUCGGCCACCUGGAGCUCUGACCCUGGCGCCCCGCCCUCCACCGCCGGACACCACCUCCGAGGAUGCCGCCAGCUGGCCCGGCCCCUCCCGAUGCCAAGACGGCCCAACACUGUGCCUGAGGAUGGCUGGUUUUAAAUACCUACUGUAGACAGUGCCCCUUUCGUAGGAGGUAGAAUAUUUCAUAUUCUGCCACUGGCUAGAACCCAUGCGAGGAUUUUUUUUUUUUUUUUUAAAUCAAGAGGCACCAGGCAGUAAUUUCCAUGAUGAUACGGAACCCGUGCCGGGCCCUCUGGGUGCCAGGCCUAUGGGAAGAAGGGCAUCGGAAACAUUCCCUUCACAUCCUGGGACUGCAGAUGGACUCUGUCCCCUGAGGGCAGCGCCCCAGACCCAGCAGGAGCACUGGAUGUGACCCGGCUGAAGUGGAACAAGGCAUACACAUGAACAUCCCUCAGUCUAAGGAGAGAGCCACCCCGGGACCAAGGAUCCCCCUACUUUCUCGAGGGGCAGCACGGCUGGACCCUGGCACUGCCCUCGAUGACUCCCUGGAGGCUCCUGCCACCUGACCGGGUGGCUGAGCACCAGGGCCCUGAUGGCUGAGCCCCUACAGCAUUGGGGGUGAUACUCCAGACUGUGGGGGCGGGAGAGGGAGCUAACAGGGACUGAGAGGCUGGGACACCUGGUGGGGAGGGGCACCAGACUUGGCCUGACGCUGCCCUCUUAGCCAACACUGCCAACCCGACCUGUCACCCAGAGUGACAGCAGCCACCACAGGUGGCUGGGUGACCUAAGGGCUUGCCUUGGGGAGGCCCCCCACCCACCAAGACCCAUUCUGCACAGUCCCUCCAGGGUUGGGCAGGAGGCCAGAGACGGGUGUGUGCCCACCCCCUCUCCAGCGCGGCCUGCAGGCGCAGGACUCCACUCCCCCCGCACGGACCCGCUGGCGCCUGGGAGAGUGAACCGCAGGCUUCUGAGAAGGACAGAGGAUAAACAGGGCCCUGCCUGCGCCCAGGAAAACCCGAUCACCUGGCCAGACCCGUCCCCCGGGCUGCCUCAGACCGUUCUUUGGCAUUUCUCCAGAAGAAAAGGGGUUAAUAAACGGGACCUCCUGCCUUGUGCUCUGGGUACCUUACCAGUCACAGAACAUGAGGCUGUAGAGCUCACCUUGUCCAAGCGCCUCACUUUACAGAGGAAGACACUGAGCUCGAAAGGCUCAGGGUCACACAGCGAGUCCGCGACGGGGCUCAGAUGAGAACUCCGGCCCCCUUGUUACGGUGGUCAGGGACAGUGGGCGUGGAAAAUUCUGCUUCUGGAGACUCUGGCGGGUGAUCACGGGGUGAGCAGCCUGGCUGGGGCCAACCCAAGGUGUGGGCAGAUUCUAGGAGACAUCAGGCCCUUGCCUUCGGAGCCUCGCUUCUGCUAAGACCUCACUAUGCCGUGCUGGCUUGAAGCCCCCGUGCCCCUUACCCUUGUUCCCAGAGGCCAACGCCAGGACAGGGAUUCCCCAAACCCAAGGGGCAGUGGCGGCACAACCCGUGCUGACUGGUGGCCCUUGGCAUCCACAAGCAUCAGGACAGGUAUCUCGUAGGGGACGGGCCCCCAUGCCUGGUUUUUGUCGUUUACAGUGAGAGCCCUAUUUUGCUAUGGUUUUUUAAACUUUUAAGUCCUGCUCUAUUUUCCAGGGCAGGUUUAUGUUGAUGUUUUUACCCACUACAGUUUUUUCAAAAAUGUAAGCUCACACCUCUUCUCCCCACCACCUCUGCACCGACACCGCCCCAGCCCAGGACUGCCUCCCUGGAGACCAGGCCACACCCUCCUCGCCUGCUCCCAUCCAUCCCCCCAGGCAAGGUGCUGGGCUCAGCUCUGUGACCCUUACAGGGACCACAGACUUGGCCUCGCCUCCGUGCUGACCUCCGUGGCGGUGAUCAGGCCAUGCCUUGCUCUGUCAGAAAGGGGAUGCUCACAGGAAGAAACCUUCUUCCAAGGUUUAGCUGAUUCUGUCCUCACUGCCAGGGGAGCAGGGGACAGGCGUCUGUGCUGGGCCCUCACUGCCAGGGGAGCCUAGAGCAGUGGUUCUCAACCUUCCUAAUGCCGCAACCCUUUAAUACAGUUCCUCAGGUUGUGGUGACCCCCAAUUUCAUUGUUACAAAUCGAACA